AUGCUUCUACGCAUGUUCCUUCAUCUAAAGACAAAACUAAACUAUCGAGAAAUUCAUACAACAUCUCGUCGUUGCUGUGGCGUUGUAUCAUAUGUUUACACCUCACGUCCUUCUCAUAUUCAAUCUGAUCGAGAUUAUCAAUCGCUAUUGCGUGGUUUAACCACCGUAAAACAUCGUGGUCCAGAUGGCGAACCGUCCUUAUGGCAGAAUGAUGAACGAACGGUUGGUCUUGGUCAUACUCGUUUAUCAAUUAUCGACCUUAGUGAUCGCGGUCGACAACCAUUGCAUUCUUACGAUAGACAACUACAUUUAUCAAUGAAUGGUGAACUGUAUGAUCAUGAUCGUAUUCGUAAACAAGCGAUCGAACAGAAUGAAUAUGAUUUUCUCAGCGAAAGUGACAGCGAGAUUGCGUUGUAUCUCUAUCGAAAAUAUGGAUUAGAUUUUGUUAAAUAUCUUCGUGGCGAAUUUGCCAUUACUCUUUACGACAAUGAACGCAAAAUGUUCAUCGCAGCGCGAGACCGGUUUGGUAUUAAACCAUUGUAUUACACCUAUCAUGAUAACAAACUUUUGUUUGCAUCGGAAAUCAAAUCUUUGUUCGAAUUCGGUGUUCCAGCCAUUUGGAAUGAAGAAGUUAUUUAUAAUACAGGGCAAUUACGUAGUUUACAAACAAUUUACAAAAAUAUUCAACAAGUUCCACCUGCUCAUCUAUUAAUUGCAACGGCCAAUGGUACAGUCAAUGUAUCUAAAUACUAUGAAACGUCGUACAUCACACGCGAGGAAGAGAAGCGUGAACAACGUACGGAGAAGGAAAUGAUCGACGGUGUACAAGAACAACUUCUCACAGCAGUUCGUCUUCGCAUGCGAGCUGAUGUUAAACAUUGGUGGAGUCUGGUGCGAUCGAUACUGUCGUGGCAAUGGGAGACUCUGGCGUGCUCGACUCUGUCGUAG